AUGGAUCUGGAAACUGCUGUGGCGUCGGAUACACCGCCUCUGUUGCCGCACUUGCAACAGCAGGUGGACUUGCAGGAGCCGCUGGUCAUGGACGAUGCGGCCGGGACGAACUAUGAGGAGGAGGCGCAGAAGUUGGAGGAGAAAGCGUUGAGGUUUUUGGCGAAACAGACACACCCGGUCGUGGUGCCCUCUUUCGCUGCUUGGUUUGAUCCCUCGAAGGUGCAUGAGAUCGAGAAACGCUCGUUGCCCGAUUUUUUUGACGACUCGUCGCGGUUUAAAACGGAGAAGGCGUACAGGGACACGAGAAAUUUCAUGUUGAACACUUACAGGUUGUCUCCGUACGAAUACUUGACGAUCACAGCGGUUAGAAGGAACAUAGCGAUGGAUGUGGCCUCCAUUGUCAAGAUACACUCGUUUUUGGAGACUUGGGGGUUGAUAAACUAUCAGAUUGACCCAAGAACGAAACCGGCGUUGAUCGGGCCGAGCUUCACGGGCCACUUCCAGCUGGUAUUGGACACGCCUCAAGGGUUGAAGCCGUUCUUGCCCCGCAAUCAGGAGGAGAGUAACCCGGGGCAGGACGUGGUGGACGGGAAGGAGGAAGAGGAUGGGAGGGUCAAAGUAGAGGUCAAAUCGGAACCGCAUCCGAUUAAUCUGUCACUACGGAAGAACGUCUACGAUUCGUCUCAAGAUUUUAACGUCCUACAUUCGCAAUCGAGAAACUCGAGGCAGAUUCAAAAAUUGUAUAUCUGCCACACAUGUGGCAACGACACCGUUUUGAUCAGGUACCAUAACCUAAGAGCCAAGGAUGCCAACCUGUGCUCGAGGUGCUUCCAAGAGGGCCACUUCGGGGGCAAUUUCCAAGCUUCAGACUUCAUCAGACUGGAAAAUAACAACAUAAAGAGCACACAGUGGUCCGACCAGGAGGUGCUGCUGCUGUUGGAAGGUAUAGAGAUGUACGAGGACCAAUGGGACCUGAUUCAGGAUCAUGUCGGUGGGCAGAAGAGUGUCGAGGACUGUGUUGAGAAAUUCUUGACUUUACCCAUCGAGGACAACUACAUCAACGAGGUCGUCAAGUCAAAGUUAGGUGGAAAGGACACCGAUUUCAAGAGGGGGGCCACGCUGACGACACACGAUACGGUCAACGCGGUGGAUCUUGCCAUCAAGAGCCUUCUGGAUGGGUUGCACAAGGAGGUCCUCGAAGAGUCCAUCCCAGAAUCAGCUAAACACAAAUCUACCAAGUAUCUACAAGAGGCACAGGCAAUCGUUCAAGAACUUGUGAGCACCACGAUAGAGAAACUGACCUCCAAGUUUGACAAACUGGACGUCUUGGAAUCUACGCUGGAGGCAGAAAAGAACAAAUACGUCAAAGAAUCCGAGAGAAUACUAAACGAUAGAAUCAUGUUGAGCAAGCAGAUUAACGAGCUAAACACUCAGUUGGCAUCCAUGAACGUGUCCAAGAAACUGGUCCUCGUGUCCGAUCAGGUAGAGGCCGGUAUCGAGCUCGUAGAGAAGGACGAAGAAGAUGACAGCGAGGAGCAAGCGGCAAAACUGCAGAAACUGUCGCAACAGGAAGUGGAAGCGCUCUCCGUGAAGGAGCCCCAAGUGUACAAACCGUGGUCGUUGUAA